AUGUCAACCAUCCCAAAGCAUUUCGGACUGACAGCCAGAGAAGAAUCGUUUAUGUUCAAAGAGCUUGAGAAGAUUCGCCAGAAGUCCAAGAAGGAUUGUGAGCAGUUCAGGCAGAGGCUAGCCGCCAGGCCGCCUUUGGAUGCAAGAUCAUCUGAGGAUGAACUCCCGCACCCGGAGGAGAAAGAACGCCCUGGCACAGCGCGCAGCACAGCGCGCAGCAGUCCUGCGAAGAAGGUGCACGUGUCCUGGGCUGCCAAGCCGUCGUCUGGGGCGCAGAGCGCGGAGCGUCCCGCUGCGGCCGACCUGCAGGGGGCGCCGCACAGCGCGCCAGGCAGCCCCGGGAAGCCCCAGCCGUUCUGCCCGCGGGACUUCUACAUGCGGAGCUCGGCGUUCCGGCGGCAUCCGCCCUUCAAGGGGGCGCCGGCCAUCGCCCCACAGGUUGGCACCACCCGACCUGUGAUCUUGCUGCGGCCGCGCUCGCGCCGGAAGAGGCUGCGCGGGAAGGCCCGGGAGGCGCCGGUGGCCAAGCGCGUGUCCAAGAGUCCCGCGCAAGGAUCGCCCAUGCUCGACAUGGCCCCCACCCGCUACAGACACGCCAGCUCCUUGUCCAGCCUGAGCAGUGAAGCCGACGAUAGCGCGCGGUUGCGCAGGCUGCGGAUUCGCACCCACUUCCAGCGCGAGAUCAUGCGGUGGCACCACAAGCCCAUGUCCAGAUCCGGACGCGAGGGGAGCUCCACCAGCCAGGGAACUGGGCCUCUGCAGGGGGCACGCUACGUGCCCAUGAACAUAGAGGAGAUCAUCGCUUCUCUGCAGUCCGAAGCCCAGCAGGCCUCAGACCAAACCAUCAAGGAGCUCAUACAGAGCAUCCUGGGCCAGAACUACGACAUCGCAAUGGAAGAUAUUUCUUUGAUGGAACAAAUGUACCUCAGACCGUCUCAGGCACAGUUUGAAGCAGUGGAGAUGGAGGAAGAGAGAAAGUACCAGACAAGUAUUAAGGAUCGGCCAAUUGUGCCAAGUAUUUAUGAGGAGCUCCCUGAGGCUGUGUCAAGCAUCUUCCAGAUGGAACAGGAGGAGGCUAUGGAAUGGACAGCCAUAGAGGAAGAUAACCCAGCUUUUAAAUCUCAGGAGACGUUAGACAUUGUACCACCCGAGGACUCCAGUAAACCUCUGGAUAGUGCUCUUCCCACAAGUGAUGUAAAACCAACCAGGCGGCCAACUUUAAAAGUGGAACCAAAAGGCUUCAUGCAAAUCAGAGGAAAAGAAGUUAAGCCAGCGUAUAAAAGUAGACCAACUAAGCCAUCGAAACCAAGAGUAUCUGCAAGAUCUCAGGAGGAUAAAAAACUAAUUAAAAAAAUCCCACAGGCUCAUCUCCUUCCUCGUCUUCAUGACCUGUGCACCACAAUCCCAACCAUGGAGCUGCCUGUAGAUCUGCGCCUGGCUUCUCGAGUGUACCACACUCCCGACAGGAAAGGUCACAAGGCUAUGCUUGGCCUAUUGGGGUCGUCUCUUUUAGGUGAUCGCUGUAUCGAUGAACGGAGAGAAAGACUGGUGUAUGGUGUUCCUGUUGUGAAUGAGAAGCAGAAAUAUACUGGUAUUACUUCAGUACCAGCAAGAACAUUGCCUGAAUCAGAACAGAAAACCAACGAAGCAAAUCUGCAGCUCUCAGGAGAAGAAGUGUCUGCAUAUCCUGGAACUUCAAAGAUGUUUUGGAAUCUUACUGCACCCAAAUUUGCUAUUCCAGAAUCAACCAUGAGAGAAACUUUAUAUCCAAAAUAUGAGAGUGUUCAGACAAGCAGACUCUUAGCUGAGAAAUUAUCUGAAACGAAGGAGAGUGAGAUUAUUUUAGAUACCUACACCAAAAGAAGUUUUAAGAAUUUAAUAAUAAAAAAGUCUGCAUCUUAUGAGAAUAUCCAAAAAUAUUCCAGUGCACCAUAUACACGAUUAAAGAGAUCAAAGUCUACAGUUGAGUUGAUAAAAGAAGGGACCCCACUGCCAUUUAUAAUGAAAGAUGACAUAGACACCAACUUGAAACAGCUAACGUACCAGAAGAAGAAGGAGAUGGAACGCCAGCUGGCCAAGCAAAGGGCGUUGCUUGACCUCUCCCUAAAAGGCAGCCUGGAAAACUUUCAUGACUCAGAAAGCUUGAAAUGCCUGUCUGUUUCUCUCAUUGAGGCAUCCUUAAAAGCUGGCAUUAGCUACAUCGUAUUUCCUAGUAAAAAGAAGAAACUGUUGAAGAAAGGGUAUAAGUUCCAGAAGGCCGCACAAGUGUAUGAACAGCUCUCCAGGCCUCCGAAAAAGAUAGAAAGGUCAGCAUCUCAUGGCGUACUUCCUGGAGAGAGAAAGUAUUUCCUUAAAGUCCCAUUAUAUGAGCGUCAAAUAAGGUGCCCCAGUGUACCCACACUUUUAAAUUUUGAUCAGUUUGCUCAAAGCAGAGGAGGAAUACCAGAAAAAACUGAUCCUCGGAAAUGGGUUCUUGAUUUAUUUGCUAAAGACAAACCUCAGAAAGCACGUACACCAGUUGUAUCUGUUCAAAAAAACGUCCCAGAGCCAGUGAUAGAGCUCUCCAAACUGGAGUUAAGUGACCAUGUACCAUGUAAUCUUCCAGUAGAGGUCAUUAAGUAUUAUGAAUCUGAAGUGGAGAAGUUGACUCAAGAAAUACAAAAUGAGAAAAGAAAUCUGGCAUUUGCGUAUUGCAGGCGAGGAGCUAUUUAUCGGAAACUGGGGAAACUGCAAAGCGCCAUGAAUGACCUUCAGGAAACCAUAUUUGUGGAACCAUUGUUUCUAAAUGCCUAUUGGCACAGACAUUUCAUUUAUCUUUUCCAAGAUAAAAUUAAUGAUGCUUUGGAUGACUUGAAUUUCAUAAAUAAGUACAAUAAAAACCAUGCAGAGGCGUACUUGUCAAAGGCAGAGAUUUUCAGAGAGAAGAAAGAUAUUACGUUGGCAAUUCUGAACUACAGUCAGGCCAUUAAGUGCAGGCCCAAAGAUGCUAACCUCUAUUUCAAGAGAGGGGAGAUGUACGAGAAGACAAACAAAGUGCUCGCUAUCGAUGACUACUCAAAAUGUAUUUAUUAUAAUCCCAAAAGAUCAGAUGCAUUAUGGAAACGUGGGAUGUUUUACUUUGAAAAUGAAAACUGGAUUGGAGCUGUAUAUGAUUUUACAUCUCUGUUAAAACUUGACCCCCAUAAUUCUUCUGCAAGGACAAACCGGGGGAGAGCAUAUUUUAAAAGAAAUUUAUUUAAACAAGCAACCCAAGACUUUUCUGUUGCCAUCCAUUUAGACCCCAACAAUUGGCUAGCCCUGUACUACCGAGCCUGCUUGUUUAGGAAGAGCAGUCCUUACAGAGCACUGCAGGACUACAGCGUGUCAGUUCUUAUAAAUGAUGGCUACGACAAUCUUAGUUGUUUUCUACAUCGGGGCAUACUCUAUGCACAACUAAAAUUUUGGAUGCUGGCAAUUUGUGAUUUUGAAACUGUUGUUUCUCUUGAAAGAACUGCUACUUUGGCUUAUAUAAAUAUUGGCCUCAUAUAUCUACAACACUUGGACAAUUAUACUGAAGCCUUUUGGUGGUUUACUGAGGCAAUUAGAGUUGAUCCUUUAUAUAUUCAAAGCUAUAUCUGUAGAGCAGAAACCUAUUCUAAGCUGCACAAACUGAAAAGGGCAGUAACUGAAUUAAGUCGUGCCAUCCAUCUCCAGCCUGAUGCACUCCACCUAUAUAUAAUAAGAGGACAGUAUCUUCUCAUGAUGAAGAGUUAUGAGCUUGCAAAGUUCACUAUUUUUCAAGUAGCAGAAAUGAACAAAGGUGCCAUUGAGUUGACACCGAUACAGGAAGCGCUCAUUUACUCAUUUUGUGAAAACCAUGACAAGGCCAUUCACGUCUUGGAAGGGGUUAUAGCCAGUAAACCAGACAUCUCCACUUAUGCACUCUUGGGAAAAGCCCAAAUGAAGGCCAAGAGAAUCAAGGAAUCGGUGCGACUGUUUAAGAAGGCCUUGGAACUGUACUCGUUUUCUGAUAAAGGGCCAGUUGCCACUAGUGUUUCAGCAGAGUGUCUGUAUAACCUGGGCCUUUGUUACAUGGAGGAAGGCAAUUUUCAAAUGGCUUUUGAGUCUUUUACAAAAGCUGUGAAAGCAAAUCCUGAAUUUGCAGAAGCCUUUUAUCAUCGGGGACUUUGUAAAGUAAAACUCAACAAGCAAAACUCAAUUCUGGACUUUAAUCGGGCACUUACCCUAAAUCCCAAACAUUACCAGGCAUAUUUAAGCCGAGUAGCUUAUUACGGUUUAAAGGGCAGAUACUCCAAAGCCAUUCUGAACUGUAAUGAGGCCAUCAGACUUUACCCUGAGAGUGUGCGUGCCUACAUCUGCAGAGGAGUUCUGAAAUACUACAACAGAAAUUACAAGCUAGGUAUUAUAGAUUUAUCUACAGCUGUCAACAUGGACAAGAACAGUUACACAGCAUUUUAUAACAGAGCCCUGUGUUACACCAAGAUAGGGGAACAUCAGAUGGCUUUAAGAGAUUAUGGAAUCGUGCUGCUUCUUGAUCCUGGAGAAACCAUAUCAUUAAAUACCUUCAUUAACCGUGGACUCCUCUAUACUGAACUAAAGCAGUAUGGCUUUGCACUAGAGGAUUUCAAACAAGCUGCACUGCUAAGCGAGACUAAUGUGAGCCUUUGCCAAGCUACUGCCAUGUGCCACCACAGAAUUAAAGAGUUUGAAGGAGCUGUUGAAUUCUUUACCAGGGCUGUUAAAAUUAACCCACGGUUUGUGGAUGCUUAUAUUGGACGGGGGAAUUCUUACAUGGAGUACGGACAGGAUGAAGCUAUGAUACAAGCCCAGAAAGACUUUCUGACAGCGCUUCAUACUGACCCAUCAUGUUUAAAAGCCAGAAUUAGCCUAGGCUAUAAUUUGCAGGCCCAAGGAAAAUUUCAGAAAGCUUGGAAACAUUUUACUGUUGGCAUAGAAGCUAAUCCAAAGAGCUAUCUAGCUUAUGAAGGACGAGCUGUGGUUUGUCUUCAAAUGAGUAAUUAUUUCGCUGCAAUGCAGGAUAUGAAUUGUGCCAUAAAGAUCAACGCGACAGCAGAAUUCCUAACAAACCGCGGCGUGAUCCAUGAGUUUAUGGGCCAACAGCAGAGCGCAAUGGCGGACUACCAAGCAGCGAUUUCUCUGAACCCCAACUACUCGCUCGCUUACUUCAACGCGGGAAACAUCUACCUUCGCCACCGGCAGUUUUCUCAGGCCACCGACUACUUCUCAACAGCCUUGAAGUUUAAUCCAGAAAACGAAUAUGCUCUCAUGAAUCGAGCUGUUACAAACUCAGUAUUGAAGAAAUAUGAAGAAGCAGAAAAAGAUUUUUCACAUGCAAUAGAACGCUGUCCCCACUGGGCUGCACUGUAUUUUAACAGAGCAAGUUUCAAUUUCUACUUAAAGAAGUAUGAGCUCGCGGAACAGGACCUGGGCAUAGCCCUGUCUUUGAAGCCUGAUGAAGCUAUAAUGUAUAAUCUCAGAUCACAAGUCCGUGGUAAAAUAGGACGGAUAGCGGAAGCCAUGAGUGACUAUAACCAAGCCCUUGAUCUUGAAGAAUUUUCCACAGCUGUGUGA